AUGGCUACAGUACGAAUCUGCGUUUGUGGAGAUGAGGGCACAGGAAAGUCCAGCCUCAUCACAUCCCUUGUGAAGGGAGUCUUCGUGACAAACAAGAUUCAACCAGUUUUGCCCCAGAUCACAAUCCCUCCUACGAUCGGAACCCCCGAGAAUGUCACAACAACUACAGUGGUGGACACUUCCGCUCUCCCCCAGGAGCGGACUAAUCUGGCCAGAGAGAUCCGGAAAUCGAAUGUGAUUUUGCUUGUAUACUCAGACCACUAUAGCUACGAACGAGUCGCUCUAUUCUGGCUCCCCUACUUUCGCUCUUUAGGAGUCAAUGUACCCGUGGUGCUGUGCGCCAACAAAUCCGAUCUUGCCGCGGAUCAUAGUGAAGCACAAGUUAUUGAGGAGGAGAUGCUACCGUUGAUGGCAGAAUUCAAGGAAAUAGAUUCGUGCAUUCGAACAAGCGCGCGCGAACAUCGUAAUGUGAACGAGGCUUUCUUUCUCUGCCAAAAGGCAGUCACUCACCCAAUCGCGCCCUUAUUCGACUCGAAGGAAUCUGCUUUGAAACCGGCAGCCGUUGCGGCAUUGCAACGUAUUUUUUAUCUUAAUGACAAAGACCGUGAUGGAUAUUUAUCCGAUAAGGAGCUCAAGGAAUUCCAGAUGAGAUGCUUCGAGAAGCCGUUAAGUGAGGAAGACUUGGUGCAUAUCAAAGAAACCAUUCAGAAGACACAUCCCAACUCAGUGACGCCUUCUGGUAUCGAUUGCCGUGGGUUUAUACAUUUGAACAAGAUGUAUGCAGAGAAAGGACGCCAUGAAACUGUCUGGAUUAUUUUACGAGCGUUCCAGUAUACGGAUAACCUCUCACUACAGGAGAGCUUCCUUCAUCCGAGAUUCGAGGUCCCGCCAUAUGCAUCUGCCGAGCUAUCGCCGGAAGGAUACCGAUUUUUCGUAAACCUCUUUCUCCUAUCAGACAAGGAUAACGACGGAGGAUUGAAUGACGCCGAGUUAGCGUCGUUGUUUGCGCCAACUCCGGGCCUGCCCGCUUCAUGGGCAGACGGCUCAUUCCCUUCUUCUACUGUCCGAAACGAAGCUGGCCAUGUCACACUUCAGGGCUGGCUUGCGCAAUGGAGUAUGACUACAUUCACUUCGCCCAAAACGACCUUGGAGUACCUGGCGUAUCUGGGGUUUGAAUCAUCCGACAGAAGCAACCUCUCUACAACAGCCGCACUAAAAGUUACCCGGCCACGAAAGCGGCGAAAGCGUCCUGGACGGGUGGGUCGUAAUGUUGUACUUGGCCAUGUUCUUGGGCCUCCUAGUUCUGGUAAGUCUGCGCUUCUCGAUGCCUUCCUAGCACGCGGCUUCAGCACUACAUAUCAUCCUACGAUCCAACCGCGGACCGCGGUAAAUACCGUCGAACUUCCUGGGGGUAAACAAUGCUACCUGAUUCUGGAUGAGCUGGGAGAAUUGGAACCUGCCAUACUAGAAAACCAGGUGAAGCUCUUGGACCAAUGUGACGUGAUUGUAUACACCUACGACUCAUCGGAUCCUGAUUCCUUUGCCUAUAUUCCUUCCUUACGAUCGAAAUAUCCCCAUCUAGAGGAGCUCCCGAGCGUAUUUGUUGCUCUCAAGGCAGACCUUGAUCGGACCACUCAACGAGCUGAAUAUCAACCGCACGAAUAUACGGCGAUGUUAAAUAUGCCGAGCUCGCCCCUCCAUGUCAGUGUUACUUGGACUUCAAUUCAGGAGGUCUUUGUUCACAUCGCCGAAGCAGCUAUGGAGCCUAGUACGGCGUUCCCACGGAGCGAGGAAGAUGUUGAGGGUAAAUGGAUGGCCUGGGGGAUCGCUUUAGGCGCUGUGGUCUGCGCUGGAGCUGCAGCGGUAAUGAUCUGGCGAAGAAUCCAUUAUCUAUACCCUUUUAUCUGUUUGUCUACCGGGUGGGUUGAUUGGCUGGUGCAUGGUUUGUCCGUGAAGCAGGUUCAAAUUAGCUUUGCUUUCGAUGUCCUUCCCCCGCCUCCGCCUCGCUAUACCGUACCGGUUGCAUACGCAGCUGGUGCGUCGAAUGGCAUGGCGGUUCCAGUCGUGGAGACCAACAACAUAAUCACUCAUCCCGAGGGUGGAUGUCCACUGCAGGUCGGAGAAGGGACCUACCUCCUCAAAGAUGACCUGCAUCUUGCAACUCCCCCUCCGCAUCCUUCCGAGGCACCCGUCGUAAAUCCCAACCCACUUGCGACUGUCCCAACACCCCCAACAGCCGGCGUUAAGCUGUCGCUGGUUAGUGUUGGUCAACGAAACAAGAUGCCCGUAUUUGUCUCGAAGGAGAAGGUGACUGCACCGCCAUUUGCAGAUGGAAACCCUGCAUUAGUGGCUCCACCUACAAAAGAAGGCUUAAAAAGACGGAAACCGAAGAACAACAUCAUAAAGAGCAGCUCAUCAUUCGUUUCACGCGUUAUCACUCACGAGGCUUCUUCCAAGCGACUCAAUGAUCGGAACCCAGAGGGUCUUUUCGCUUUCGCCAAUAUCAACCGGGCAUUUCAGUGGUUGGAUCUUAGCUCAAAGAAUAAAGACGAACCGCUCUCGAAAAUUCUCUUCACCAAAGCGCACAUGUUGACGCAUGAUAUAAAUGAGCUAACGAAGAGCUCUUCACACAUUGAUAUCGUCAUGGGCUCGUCGGCUGGCGACAUAAUCUGGUACGAACCUAUCUCCCAGAAGUAUGCACGGAUCAACAAGAAUGGGGUUGUCAGCAAUUCCCCGGUAACCCAUAUCAAAUGGAUUCCUGGGUCGGAGAAUAUGUUCAUGGCUGCACAUGCCAAUGGACAAUUGGUAGUAUAUGAUAAGGAGAAGGAGGACGCACUUUUCACACCCGAAAUAAGCAACCAUUCGGCAGAGGCGAUGAAAGCAUCCAGUCGACAGCCGUUACAGGUGCUAAAAUCGGUGAAUUCGAGAAACCAGAAGACUAACCCAGUUGCGUUAUGGAAACUAGCCAAUCAGAAGAUCUCUCAGUUUGCCUUUUCUCCUGACCAAAGGCAUAUGGCUGUAGUUUUAGAGGAUGGUUCGCUACGCGUGAUGGAUUAUCUCAAAGAAGAGGUCCUAGACAUUUUCCGGAGUUAUUAUGGAGGCUUGAUAAGCGUUUGCUGGUCACCUGACGGUAAAUACAUUGUGACCGGUGGCCAAGAUGAUUUGGUCACGAUAUGGUCAUUUCCGGAGCGCAAAAUCGUCGCGCGGUGCCAAGGGCAUAACUCCUGGGUCUCCGCUGUGGCAUUCGAUCCGUGGCGCUGUGACGAGAGAACAUACCGGUUUGGGAGCGUUGGGGAUGAUUGCAGGUUGCUAUUGUGGGAUUUCAGUGUCGGCAUGUUACAUCGCCCGAGGGUACACCAAGCCAGCGCUCGACAGCGCACCAGCCUAAUUGCAAGCAAUACGCAGCACUUUAACCGUCACAGAGCUGACAGCGCAAGCAACCGAAUGAGAUCGGACUCUCAACGAACUGCAGACACUUACAAUGACUAUGACUCUGCUGUUCGUCAUCCCGUCGAACCCAGGGUUCGGACAGCGCUGUUGCCACCUAUCAUGUCUAAAAUUGUUGGGGAUGAUCCUAUUUGCUGGCUAGGAUUCCAAGAGGACUCAAUUAUGACAUCUUCUCUUGAAGAAGGUCACAUUCGCACCUGGGAUCGUCCUCGGGAAGGAAUCAAUGAUAGCUACAAUGGUAACACGUCGUCGCCCGCGAUCAGCACCAGUGCCACCGGGUCUGGAUCAGGCAUAGCAGACUCGGCUAUGGGCUCAUUAUAG